AUGAGAGGCGUUGCUUGGAACUGUAGAGGAUUGGGGCAGACCUCUAUGGUUCUUGAAGUGAAAGCCCUAGUUCGAUCGUGUUCGCUUGAUUUCAUUUUCAUCUCCGAACUCAAAAGCGACCCCGCUCACUUGGUACGUUCUCUGAAAAACUUGCAUUUUUAUUUUAAUAUUAUUGUUCCUGCGGUUGGUGGUGCAGGUGGCCUUCUUUUUGCCUGGAAGGCCGAGUUUUCCUUUGAGACCGUGAGUUACUCUAAAAAUCAUAUCUCGGGUAUUGUGUAUUCGGACCCCGAGCAUCACCCCUGGAUGCUCUCUUGUGUGUAUGGUCCGCCGUAUUUUAAUGAAAAGAAGAAUUUUUGGUCGAAAUUGAUGGGCCUUGGGAGCAAAUUUGGUGGACCUUGGUUGAUUCUCGGGUAUGUGAACUUUGUACUAAAAAACUCUGAAAGGGUGGGCUCGAGAGGGAGGGAUCAAUUCUUGCCUUUCAUCUCUGAUUUAAUCGGUCGAUCAGGUUUAAUUGAUCUUCCAGUUAAAGGAGAUUGUCUCACUUGGGACAACCACCGUGAUGGUGAGGCUCAUGUCAAAUCAGCUCUCGACAAGGCUUUGGCUAAUGGGGAUUGGCUUAGGCUUUUCCCAAAAGCGGUUGUCCGGUCUUACCACACUUGCAACUCGGACCACCGACCCGUUUGUAUCAGUACCCUUAACCAAGAAACUAAGGCCACUAAGCCGUUCAGGUUUGAGGCCUGGUGGACUAGAGACCCCCGUAGCAAGCUGAUAGUAGAACAUGCAUGGGGCUCUGUGGCUCAUUGUUUGGCCCCAACUAGGGUUUUCAAGAAGGUGGGAGCCACGCGCUUAGCUCUUAGUAAGUGGAGUCGAGAGCAAUUUGGAAAGCUGGAUAACCGCAUUGCUCAUUUGGAAGGCCAAUUGAACUCCAUUCAGGGUCUUCCUUAUGGGUCAAGGGUUUGGGCCGAGGAGUUGGAAAUCAGAAAGUUCCUAAACCAAGCUCUGAGACAAAAAGCUCUAUACUGGCAAAAAAGUUCACGGGUGUCCUGGAUCAAGGAGGGGGAUAAGUGUUCUAAAUUCUUCUUCACCACUGCCACUAUUAGAAAUAGAAGGAAUGCAAUUGAAUCCAUCUUGAACAAAGACGGGGUGUGGCUGAGCAACAAAGAAGACAUUCGCAGAGAAUUCUCUGAUUUUUUGGGAAGCAUAUUUCAAAAUUCGGUCCAUGGGCCGCUGGAGAGCUUAGACAGUCUGAUUUCGGACCACCUUUCUAGCCAGGAGCAAAGUGAUUUGGUAGUUGUCCCUAACUAUGAAGAAAUCAGACAGACGCGUUUUUCCAUGGGUAGUCUAAAGGCUCCAGGUCCUGAUGGUAAUGAUUUCUGUGAGGCUGUGGAGGAUUUCUUCAUAUCCGGGUACAUGCAUAGAGGCAUCAAUGCAACUAAUGUCAUUCUGAUUCUGAAGUGUAUUACCACUACUUCCUUAAACAUCCUUCUCAAUGGGAGUAAGGUUAGCAGUCUCAUUCCUGAGUGUGGUUUACGACAAGGAGAUCCCCUGUCCCCGUACCUCUUUAUUUGGGCUGCAGACAUUCUCUCUCGGAUUCUUGAGAAGGCCAUGGGCAUUGGCACCAUUAAAGGCAUCAAACUUAGUAGAGAUGGCCCUAGUUUAUCCCACCUAUUCUUUGCUGAUGAUCUCAUUCUAGUGGGUAGAGCAACUAUUGAUGAGGCCAAAGGUUUUUGGAGAUGUCUUGAGAAGUUUUGCAGUUGGUCGGGACAAUGUGUUAACAAGCUUAAAACCUCUAUCUUUUUCAACAACAAUACCAGUGAGGGUAUGAAAAGGGGGAUCAUGCAGGAGCUGGGGCUUAACUUGGCGACUACGAACAUUAAUUACUUGGGACUCCCUCUUUUUUGA